AUGGACAGCCACACGCCUCGCCGCGGGCUGUCCAUCCCUCCCAACAGCCGCUCAGCCGCCUCCAUGCGCGCCCCUUCCCGCACGCCCGUGCCGUCAUCUGCUUACCGCCCUCUGGUCGGCAAGCCAUCCCUGACGGGCAAGGCAUCGCUGGGCGGCAAGGCGGGCGCCCUGGUCAAGGGCGGCAAGAGGGCGGGAGCGGGUCUGCGUGUGAGCCAGUCGCUGGGCAAGGGGAGCAAGAGGGCAGAUCCCCGCAACUUCCAUGACCGUGGUUUCCAGAAGGAGUGCGGGAUGCAGCUGCUGCAGUACCUCAAUGCGCACGACUACCCGUACCCGAUGACGGCCAAGCAGCUCAACUCGCCCAGCCGCAACGACUUCUUCAACGUGGUCAAGUUCCUCAUCGGCGUCUACGACAACGAGUAUCGCUAUGACAAGUCCAUCGAAGUCGACAUAUCGUCAUUCUUCAGAUACGUCCGGUGAGCAUGGGACGACGAGGGCCAAACACAGAGAGGGGGGGAGGAGGGAGGGCAGAUGUCAUGGUGUGGUGUGGCGUGGCGUGGCGCGGUGUGGUCAGGUACCCGAACCCCAUCAGCAAGACGGCGUUGCUCAACGUGGGUGCGCCCAACACGUGGCCAUCCCUCCUGGCCGCCCUGCAGUGGCUCAUCGAGCUCUGCCAAUACGCCGAACAGGUCAACACAUACAUCCGACCCGUCAUCCAUCCAUCCAUCCAUCUCUUUCUUUGCGCGUCAGUUGGAUGACCGUGAGGACCCGUUCGGUGUGUCUGACGUCGAGGAGGAGGGCGCCCAUGGCAGCAGCGAAGCAUCGCCAUUGUCGCCCUCGUCUUCCCUGACGUCGUCUCUGCGUCGCGAGCAGUGGGUGUGUCUGAAGGAGACCUAUGCCCUCUACAUGGCGGGCGAGGACCACUACCCGGAGCAAGACAGACGACUCAGUAAGAUGAUGCACACAACACAACACAACAGAACACAGCGCAACACGACACACCCCUGUGUGCGCGGCGUUGGACGGCAUGGUGGUGUGUGCUGUUGACGUCCAUCCAUCCAUCCAUCCAUCAGAGGCUCACUAUGAGCAGAUGGAGUCGGCGUUGCAGACACGGCUGCAGAAUGCGCGCGAUGUGAGCCGGCAAACGGGACCCCACACAGACCCACGGGGAUGGCGCAUGGAUGGUUGAAUGAAAUGUGGUGGUGCGUGUGCCUUUGGCUGUCACUUACAGCGUUCGGCCGAGCAGGCGGCCUCGAAGCUGGGCUACCAGGAAGACCUGCAGAAGGAGGGUACGGUCAGACGACAUGAAUGCAUUCCUACACAGACAGACGGACACAAACACGCAAACACACACUCAUGUGGGUGUGGCUGCGUGUGUGGUGCAGAUACGUUGAAGGCGAGCAUCGCACGCAAGCAGACCGACAUGGAGAAACUCUCGCGGGAGAUACGUAGACUGCAGGAAAACCGACAGAAGAAGGCACGCACACUAACACUUGACACCCACAGGCGCCUAUGGCUGGGUACAUGUGAUAUAUGUGUGUGUAUGGUGUGCAGGAGGGUCCGUGGGGUGAGGUUGCCCGUGCGCAGCGUGAAGUAGAGGCCGUCAGGCAGAUAGUCCAGGAGCUGGUCAGUGAGUGAGUGAGUCAGAAAGGGAGAUGCACAACCUAUGUGUCCACACAUCCACACGCCCGACCACACUGCCCUCUUGCUGUUUGUGCGUGUGUGUGGUCAGAGUGCUGAGGAGAAGAGGCUCAAGGAGACGGUGGCAGCCCAGGAGGUGGGUGUGGGUGGGUGCGUUGGUGGGGGUAUGCCGUGUGUGGGUCCGUCCCUGUGUAUACGUGUGUGUGUGUGUGUGUGUCUUUGUGUGCAGAUAAGUGCGUCUGAUGUGGAGCAUCUGCUGAGCGAGCAGCGCAGAUACGAGACCAAAUACAAAGCUGACAGAGACGUAAGGACACCCAACACACAUACACGAAGGCGUCGAAUCUCUGUUGUGGUGCCCCUCCCCCAUCACUUCAGGACAAGGCCAAGUUGGACCACAGCGUCAUGCAGAUGGAGGAUAAGGUGAGUAUCGCCUCCCACACACACCAGACACAGGUCACAUAUGACCCAUCUGUCCAUUCCUCAGCUGCACCAGCGCCAGAGCUCCCUCUCAUCCAAUAGCCGAAAGGUAAACACGCGCAUGCGCACCGGGGCCGCUCACAACAAACCCCUCCCUCCCGCCCAUUUUCCUUUCCACACCCCAAUCGCAGUUGCAGAGCCUCAUGUCGGCCAUUCGUCACGACGGGCAGCUGCCCAGCACCGACUCGCCCACCAUCGGGUCGUUCCUGGCGCUGCCCACGCCGUGUCUGAUGCUGCAGUGCGAUGCGCUGCAGCCGGCCGCUCUCGAGCAGCACGAGAAGGACAAGCGUGAGUGGACAGAUGUCGUCGAUAGCGUGGUACGUGGGUGGCUGGGUGGGGUGGUUGUGGGUGGUGUGAUGCCAUCGGCAUACAUGUCUGUGUGUGUGUGUGUAGUUGGGUGUGGAUAGCCAAAGGUUUCGUGAUCAGCUGGAGGGGCUAAUCGAGCAGGAGGCCCAACACCAUAGCAAGGUAAGUGGGUGAGAUAUCUGCGGUGUGUCGUGCCGUGUGUGAAAGGCCUGUCGUAUUCUGUGAACAGUUGAGUGCUGAGGCGGAUGAGCUGCAGAGGGCCAUCGACGCCAUGACAAAGACCAUCAAACAAAACCAACAAGUACAUUCCCACCCUCCCUACCGACACGCACGCCGCCCAAACACACCACCCUCGGAUGCCCCCGCCUCUCUCUCUGUGUGUGCAGGCCAAGGACCGGUCUCACUGUCGGUAUGAGCGUCACGUGGACGAACUGCAGCGGCUGCAGAAGCAGCACGAGGAGGAAGUAAACAACAUCAACAAGGAGACACAGGUGGGCGAGUGGGUCGCCCACACAUAACAAUGCAUAGACCAGGGGACAAAUGGACGGUUUCUUGGUGUGUGUGUGUGUGUGUGUGUGUGUGUGUGCAGGCGACGAUAGCCAAGGUUGAGAAGGAGCAGGCGGACGAGGAACGCAGCCUGCGCCAAAUCGAGGAGGAAAAAGAGGCACUCCCACACAUCCAUCCAUCCAUCCACCCACAUGUAUCUGUCUUCUUUCCUUGUCUCUGUCUGGCAGCUGUUGCGUGACCAGAUCACCGCUCAGCGUGAGGAGUGGCAGCAGAGGGCCAAGACGGCAUGUGACAUCAUCAAAGAGGUACGCACACACAUGGCCAUGAUGCAAGACUCUGUCUGUCUGUCUGUCUAUGUGUGUCUCUCGGUCUGCAGAGUGUGCGCAUGGUCGAUGCUGCCCAGCCGCCUGUCGUCAAGGCACUCAACGAGUGAGAGAGAAUGGCAAGACACACGCCAAGAUCAUUUCUUUCUUCUGUGUGCCGUCCAUGUCUCUGCGUCACAUCAGUGGUUUCCAAGCCCUGGUAGACGUCAAGAAGCACCUCUCACAGCAGGAGGCCGCUAUGCCGCUGCGCAUGCCGACCUUCCCCACUGAUGAAGAGCCUCAGUGAUGGCUGGAUGGCCGCACAUUAGAUGGUCGACUGGGUGUGUGGAUGGAUAUGAGCGGUCGGUUGGGAUGCAUUCACGUGCCUUCGUGUGUAUACAUUCAGAAAGACACUGACUGGCCUGACCGACAGACUCAUUUUCUUUCCACAAGUGGCAGUCUUUGCUAACCAAACGACACAGUCAGAGUCCUCGGCAAACAGUCACAUCGCUG